CUUAAUUCCAAACAACCACCAUUGCAUUCAACCUGCUUAACUCCUAAUCUUUAAACCUGGCCUUCCGUCUAGUGAUCCAUGCACUGAAUCAGCAGCCUCGAUCACAGCGCCGUCCUUGUCCUUCUCAGCUCCAUGUCUGGCCUGGAUUCUUCGCAAUGAAACGAUCAGCUCCGUCCCCCAAAGGCUCAAUAUCACCCCCGACUGUCAAGCGCAAGAUCGAGUCUACCACGAAUAGUAAGGUGGUAGCAAGUUUCUUCAAACCAACUUCACAAAAAGAACCCGAAAAGUUAGUAUGGAGGACUGUCAACAACAGCCUGAUCGUCGGUCGAUACGACGACUCGAAUGUACCGCCACAGUCUCGGACGCUGCCUGUGAAAGUUGCUGCCUUCGAUCUGGACGACACAAUAAUCGUGCCUAACACCGGAAGUAAAUGGGCCCGCUCAGCAGCCAGUUGGAAAUGGUGGGAUCCCUCGGUGCCUGGACGGUUAAAGCAACUCUACGAUGAAGGUUACCUUGUGGUUGUUCUCAGCAAUCAAGGUAACAUCAGCCUUAAGGACAAUCCAAAGUCGCUUCAGAGAGACACCGCCAGCCUCAACAAUCUCAAACAGCAAGUGGGCUCUAUCUUUCGACAGCUUGAUCUUCCCAUCAGCAUCUAUGCUGCAACAGGUCAAGAUCGGUACCGGAAGCCAAGGGUAGGCAUGUGGGAGGAGAUGCUUGAAGACUACGACCUCCAAGCAGAAGGAGCUGUUGAUAUGGCAAAUUCAUUUUACGUUGGUGAUGCGGCUGGCAGAGAGAAAACAGACAAGAGACGGAAAGAUCAUGCAACGUCGGACAGAGAUCUGGCGGCAAACAUUGGCAUCAGAUUUCUGACGCCCGAAGAGUUCUUUCGCAAAGAGUCGAUGGAGGCAUACGAACACGUUUUUGUGCCUGCAAAAGUUCUUGAAGGACUCAAUUCCUCUACUCGAGCCCAAGACGACACCGUGUCUGGCCCGUUCACAAAAAAGAGCCCUCAGGAACUGGUGAUUUUCUGUGGCUCGCCUGGGGCUGGGAAAAGCACUUUCUACUGGGAUGUCCUGCAGCCCCUUGGCUAUGAGAGGGUAAACCAAGACAUCCUCAAAACGCGCGACAAAUGUAUCAAGAAAGCGAAGGAGCUGUUGGACGCCGGCAGGUCGGUGGCUGUAGAUAACACAAACGCUGACGUCGAGACUCGAAGAUAUUGGGUCAAUAUCGCCCGCGAGUACAAUGUGCCUAUCCGAUGUGUUCGAUUUACUGCAUCAUCCCGCCUUGCCGAACACAACGACGCCGUCAGAGCGCUGAAUCCUGAGAUAGUAUGUAUACCUUGACGAAGACAGGGUUGGAAACCGUUUGAACACCGCUCCUUUCGAAGCCUACUCAGCACGUAUACGAAUGCUAAUGAGCAUUCCGCGAUCACAGAUGAACCCAGAAAAGCGCACAAUGCUCCCUGGCAUUGCAUUCAGGUCGUUUGUGCAGAGAUUGCAGGAGCCCACCUUGAAGGAAGGGUUCGAAGAGAUUUACAAGGUUGAUUUUCAGUUCAAAGGUACCGAAGAGCAGAAGAAACUCUGGUCGCGAUAUUGGGUGUCCAAGUUCUCAACAUAAAUGCAAUGUCCGCCACCACCCUUCACUCUCUCGGACAGUCUCGCCCUUAUUAUUGCACCUUCGCAAGACAAUAUCACAUGCUGAAGGCGAAUAUUCUGCAGAUGAUGCUCCGGACACCCUCUCGACAUUGGGAUUGAGUUCGCGAGCUGGGAUCUGCCUAGCUGCAAUCAAAGGCCGACACUUCAGUGCACAAGGGUCAUACAUAUCUCGCUCACAGCUUCCCAUCUCUUCAUCGGCAUUCGCUCAACACCGGUACUGAUGCUACCACGUGCUCGACCCGAGAUAUUGAACACCGUUCAAAUUCAAGGUCCGUGCGUGCGUCUUGAGAUCUGUCAGCCAUCAAGCGUAUCUUGGGUACCGCUGGGCUGGCUUCGUCCGUGCACCAGUCGCCCAACCCAGAAAGCCGGUACGACGGGGAAAGUCCCUGAAUUGGCAAGCGCAAGAAAGUCUCUGUUAAAAAAGUGCGUCUUGGGUUCCUGUCUAUAUUCUUGGCCGGUCUUAUUGUUGUGCGUGAGCCAGGAAAAGGAAUAUCGGCACAGCAUCGCCAGUAUGUUUUCUCCCAAGGAUGGGGCUACAUACGUUGCUGAAGUGGAGAAACAGACAAGCAAGACGCGUUAUCAGGCACAGUAUGGAUUGCACACAUUGUAUUGACGAGAUGCUGGAACUACCUAGUCUCGCGCAGAUUCUCUGAUCCUAUAUUGCCUUGGAGCAGUCGGGAGCAGAGCAGCACGGUUCAGGAGCUUUGGACAUGCCGAAGACUGGCCUAAUGCAAGGAAUACAAUAUGUACCCAGGCAGUAAACUUAAUACAGUCGUCGGUCAAAUUUCU